AUGCGGCCCCAAAACACUCUCGUCGCCCUCUUCGUCGGGCUCACCGGACACGGCGUCCUCGCCGUCCCUACCUUUGGACUUUUCUGCGAUGCCAUGAACGGCGCCAUGAACGGCGCCAUGAACCUCAUGGGCGGCGGUGGAUACGCCAUCCCCUGCGGUGGAAGCGGAAGUGGAAGCGGAAGCGGAAGCGGAAGCGGUGGAAGCAAGGACUCGUCGCGGCCCUCUGACCGAGCCAUGGCCGACGCGGCGGAGCAGUGGCGGGCAGACACGGGAAUCGUCUCCAACUUCCUCUCCAACGUGCAGUCAAUGAGCCCGCAGGAGAGGCAGGACCAGGGUCAGGUCGCCGCCGACGCCGAAAAAGAUGAGCUGGUCCAAAAGGCCGUCCUGGACCGCAUGUUCCUCAACGGGAAGGCGGCGGAGCGCGACCCUGCCGUGGCGGCGGCCGACGACAUGCUGGCCAACCAGGGCACCUUCCAGUUUGUCCUGGACGCGCUCAUUCUCUUCUCCAAGAGAGGAUCGCAAUUGACAGAGGACGAGGUGGCCAGCAUGGUCAAGGCGGUGAACCAGGAUAGGUGCACGAAUGUGCUGCCAUCGAUCGAUACUUACCUUGGGGCGACGCAGGCCGUGACUGGGCAGGGAAGAGGAAGGAUGACGGCCGUUCGACCUACCAAUUGCUAG